AUGAAGAAGCUGCGGUCGAAGUCAUCUUCUUUCCUAGAUGUCCAGAACUCUCCAGUGUGGCUGCGGCUGGAUGCUAUACAUGAGGAGCAUGUGCGCAAAGUCCUCGUGGGAUCUCACUGGAUUCUCUCAGAUGAGUCGAACCAGGUCUUUGGCAUGUUGAUCCUGCUGCAGUCUGUAGCAUUUGGGAUAGAACUUGGAUUUGAAGCACAGCAGUCGGAUGAGGGACUGCUGGAAAGGUUGGGCACAGCACUUUAUGUGCUUGCAGUGCUGGAGCUUCUCUUUCUUAUUCUCUUUUCAGUUGAGUUCUGCCUCCGCAGCCAGGCACUUGGACAGGUAUACUACUUCAGAAUCGCUGGGGUCUUUGACGCGGUUGUCCUGGUGGCCACUCUUGCACAUACGGCAUUUUAUAUUCUGGAGGCAAGCUCUGCGGGCACGUCGAGCUCAUCGCUACACACAGUUCGAACGUUCAGACUACUCCGCAUCAUCCGGCUGCUUCAAACUUUUCCAGCGCUUGCAAUGCUGGUAAAGGGAAUGUUCAGCACAUUCAUUGCUAUUUUAGAUGUCAUGAUUUUACUGACGGCUCUUUGCUAUGCAGGCGCUUUGCUCUGCUGCGAGAUUCUAGGUUCAAGUGAGCAUGGGCGGAACCUUUUCGAAAGCCUCUUCCAAGGCUUUUUGACACACAUCCAGCUGGUGUUGAUUGAGGCUUGGCCAGACAUUGCCACCCAGAUGAUGUUGAACUCCUACUUCUGGGGAGUCUAUGUUGUAACAUUUUUGCUGGUUAGCAACUUUGCCAUACUGAACGUUGUAACUGGCGUGAUAUGCGAGCGAGUGUUACUUCUGGCGGCUAACAAGCCUCCAGACACUUUGGAGGAGGCAGAGUUCAAGCGCACGGGGCUACGAGACCGCAUCUCCCAGCUGUACCGAGACAUAGUAGGGAAAGCCCCAGACAUAUCACAGGAAGAAUUGCUGGACCUGCUGCAGUCCUCCCAGGCAAUGGCCAUACUCAAAGCCAUGAAAGUUGCCCUACCGCAGAAAAUCGAGGACCUCAGCAACAUCAUGAACAGAGAUCAGGUUCGAAGCAUUUCAAUUUCUGAGCUGCAGGAUGGACUUAUGCGCCUACGUGGCAGCAGCUAUGACCGUCUGUCCUUAGAGAGCCAUUGCAGCGUCCACAAGACCUUCUGGUUGUGUCACGGAGCUUUGGCCAAAGCCUCAGCCGCGCAGAAGGCGACGAUGCGGGAAGCAAGACAGGCAUUUGCCAGGCACAUCACUGAGACUCUGCAGCUACCAACGGCGCAGCUGCUGCUGACUCACAUAGACGCUGAGGAUGUGACCGGAGGGACGGCAGACCUUGUGGCUAUUCGAAUGGCGAUAGUUGAGCUGCAGAAUGCACUCCUGAACUUACAAACUCAGUGCUCUCUCCUUGCGCAGCACAGCCCGGAGCUUGGUGUCAACCCAUCUGUUUCCACGCAGACACAGGAGGGCGUUGCCGGUCAAGCAGAAUCCCCCAAGGAUCCAAACAACGAGAUGCCUGGAAACUGCCGGCCAAGUUCCAAAAUGCCACCACCCCUCCCUUCGUUGCCACGACCCAUUUCCCUGCCUCUACCUCCAGCUCCAGGUAAGGGAGCAGGAGUUUCAAGCAGUUUCACUGCUGCACCGAAGAAAGUGCUACUGUAG